AUGGAGCCUUUUAAAUUGACCCUAGAGCAGGUCAACUUUCAAAAUGAGCUUAAUUUGCCUUCAAAUGCACAAAGAGAGACAGAAUAUGAACUUGAUUCCUUCAGCAAUGUCGUCAACUUUGAUUCAGAAUUUGACUUCAAGACAACCGUCAGUUCCCCGUAUCCAACACAUCCGUCAGCUGUAUUAUUAUCAUCUGGAAUUCCAGAUACUGUGAGAAAAAAACCUGGCGAAGUUGUCCCUUGUACAACUGAGAGCAAACCUUGUGAUACGCGCGUCUAUUGUGUUUGGACAGAGAAAAAGUUGAACCCACUUGACAAUGAGCAUUUGGUGAAUCCCUACAUCAAUUUCAAUGAACAUCGUUCCACAGGCCCCUCGUACCCAAGCACUUCGCUCACUAGUCCAACUACUUCAGCCAGUGAUAUCUCCACUCUGAUACAGGUGUCAGCUAACACCAAGUCGGUAACUUCAAAGCUCGAAGAACGAAACAAAAAGUGGAAGUCAAAAGUUGCUCCAAAGAAAAUGGCAUCAACUGAAGUAACUGCAGCUCCAUCUCAGGAUAGAAACCCUUUGGACAAUUCAAACUGUGAUGUUUCUAAUGCUUUUGAGACGGUGGCUGAAGCUCUUCAUUUACAGUGGUCUGUGAUAGGCAAUAAAAAUUUGACUCCUGCCCCUCCUGAAGUUGUGGCUCAAAUUGUGGCUGAAGCAGAGAAACGACUCAAAGCCGGAAAUCUUAAUCUACCCAACAAUGAAACACUCUUAUCUCCGAUCAGUUCUACCAAUUUGCCAGACAUCUCUCAGGAAUCUGCAUCUUUUCAAACUGAAAGUUCUUUAACAACCCAAAAGUAUGAUUCUCCCACCAAGUUCACUUGCCUUGGCGCCGAACCAUUUCAUCAUACCCCCAACCCAGUGGACAAUGCUCCUACUGUCUCUAAUAAAGAAAAAUUUGAACUUUUGGGUGGCAUCAGUGACACUAAUUCCAUGAAUAAAAUAAAAGUCCCAGCUGAAAGCAUUUCAGUGGAUCUUACCAAGGAACAACUUAAAAAAACUGCUGAUAUAACUGAAUAUGCUAAACAGAAGUCUCUCUCAAAGAGAGACCAACGAAAAGAAUUGGAGAGAACCUCCACAGAUGCAGCAACAGCUGCAAUCAGCGUCACUGCCCCCAAUGUUAUGUCUUCCUCUGUCUCUUUAUCCCCAAACAUGUCUGCCUUCCCUGACAGUACGAGCACCACUCUUUCUCUGCCCGAGCAAGUGCCAAAGGAAACAGGCGGCGAUCGAAAGACAAGUGAAAAUGGCCGGUCCGAGGAAACUGAUUCCAUAAAAAGUACUUCCUUCCAACUCUCAGACUGUGAUGAAGAUUACAACUAUGAGGAAGACUCAAAUGCUGAGGCCUUCCUCAGGUCCCUGCCUCCAGUAAAAGCUGUGGAGCUUGAUGCUUUCUUGAAAAGACUUCGAAAUGGACGCCACUCGCCUCCUGUGCGGGAACGAUCUUUCAAUCCUGUUGAACUCAGCUUGGAGUCUGAGAAUUUCUCCAGGGUACACCAACCCCCUCUGGCCAGUGGUAAAUAUUCCCCACCAACCAAGGAUGUUCCUGAUAACGUGAGUGUAGGCAGCAGUGUGGAGAUGCCUGAAAAAGACCUGAGCCUACCACCCUCGAACUUUGCCCAACACAUACCAAGUGUUUCCAAACCCAAAAUUUCUCUGCCUGAUCCAGGGCCGUUGUUUAAGAAUGCAAUGAAACCACUUACAGAAAGGAAAUCACAGAUUGUGACAGAGAACCAAUCUGCUGGGGUCAUGAAAGCUGAUGGUAUAAAUGUUAAUGAACUCCUCCGAGAAAAAGCUAAGCUUGAAGGUCAGUUAGAAAUAUUGACCUCCGAAGCGCAGACUGCUCUUCAAGAACGAGCCGAGUUACAGGCUCAGCUGGCUUCUCUGCAGCUCAAGUUUAUGUCUGCCCAAAAGUCCGACACAGAUGUCAAGCAAAAUGCCUUGAGGGCAGACAUUGAGAGCUUGAAGGACAGUCGGGUGUAUCUGGAGCACUGUCUUGCAGACACACAAAAGCUGCUUGAGGAGAAGAUGGAAGAUGCAAAGCGGCUAGAUGAGGAACUGAAGGCAACCCAAGAAACAACAGACAAACAGCAGAUAAAGGUCCGCGAACUUAAAGACGACUUACGUGCCCGAGAUGUCACGAUACAGGCCCUGAAAAACAAAGUUGCCGAGCUGUAUGUUGAAGUACAGACAACACUUCAGAGUAAGAUGUUGGCAGACACGGAAGCUCGUGCAGCUAAAAGUGAUCUUGCUUCUAUCGUCAGUACGAAGCAGUGGUACCAUGACCAGUUGCAAAAUGCCAACAAGAUUCGAGUUGAACUACAGAAAGAAAUGACCACACUUCAAGCACAGGUGUCCUCACAGGGCACCAUUGUGGAACGUCUGAAGGCAGAUAAUGCCCGUCUCCACCAGCAGUUGUCAGAGACAAGGCAAAAGGCAGUGAGCGAGAAGGAGAUGCUUGCCCGGCAGUUGGAGAAUAUCCAGGUGGACAUGCUGGAACGUGAAACAGCUUUUCAAGAGAUCCAGCGUGAGAGGCGAAUUAUUGAGGAGACGUUUGAUUCAAAGAUCCAAACGGUUGAGGAAGAGAAGAUGAGAUUGUCAGUUCUGAUGCAGACGACCACAGAACUAGAAUCUCAGUUGGAAAGAGCUCAGAAUGAUUUGAAGAAGAAACAAGUCCAGAUUUUCAGCCUAGAGACGGAACAGACAAAAAUGAUGAAGAAUCUGAUGCUCUCUGAAGGAAAACUCACAGAAAAAGACAAAGUUAUUGAAGAACUUGAGCAAAAAUUGAUUGAAGUUGAAACUUCUCUGAAGACGUUUUACUCUGAGUUGAGUAGUAAAAAUCAGGAAAUUCUCAAGCUGAAAGAAGAUAAGGCCAGUGUUGAAAUCUCGCUGGCCUCAGCCCUGGAAGAGAAAAAAAUCUUUGAUACUGCCUUGGAGACACUGCGAGGUGAUCUUCAUAAAGUAGAGAAUAGCUUUUGGCAGAUGAAGCAGGAACUAGGCGCCAAGAUGACUGAGCUUGACCAAGUGAGGAAGGAAAAGUCGCAGGUAGAAGUAGAACUCAAAGAAGCUUUAGAGAGUGCAAAGAUCCAGCAGGAUGUAGCCACUGAGCAGGGAUCUAGUGCAGCUAUUGAAGUUGCAACUGAGAAUUUGAACAAGCUGGAAAUGAAGAACAAGCAGCUAACUCAAGAAGUGUCUGAACUGCGGAGUCAAAUGACUGAACUAAAUGACAGGUGUGUGCAUGAAGUCCAUGAAAAAGAGGCCCUUGAGAAACACCUGGGUUCUGUUCAAGAAGAGCUGAACCAAGUAAAAUGUGAAUUUGAAAAAGAGAAGCAAACAAUGGAAGAAUUGUCUGCGGCAACCAGUUCUAUGGCUGAAGACGGUAAGAAGACAGAACUUUUGGCUGAGAAUAGUAGCCUCAAGUCGAAACUGAAGACAUUAGAAAAGAAAGCCCAGACUAGCCUGACAAAACAAAAGGCUCGAUCAGCUAAACUGACUGCAGACAUUGGUGCAGUGAAAAAUGAGUUGAUGGAGAGGCAGAAGGCUUAUGACACGAAUAUGGAAAUGCUAAGUAGCAAGCUGCGAGAAGUGGUCAAUGACAAGGAGGCAUUACAGAAUGAAGUGGACAUGCUGAAGCGGAAAUUUGACCUUAGUAUGAUAGAGCAGCAAGACCAGAUGAAAGUGGAACUGCAGACAUUGGCUGCCGAAUUGGAAACUGUUCGUUCACAAAAGUUGCAAUUGGAAAGCGAACUGAGUGAGUUGAGAGAAGUAACAAAUCAUCAAGUGGAACAAUACGUCUCCCAAGUGAUGGCUAUGGUUAGAGAAGGAAAAAGGACGAUUAACUGGUUUGUGAAUUUUAAAAAAUUCUUUCUUCUCUUUUUCUUUCUUUUUCCUUUCUUGUUUUUUCCUUUUUUGUUUUCUUUUUUGUUUUCUUCUUUUCGUUUUCUUUUUUUCGUUUUCUUCUUUUCUUUUCUUCUUUUUGUUUUCUUCUUUUUUGUUUUUUUUUUUUUUUCUUUUCUUUCUUCUUUUUUUUUCUUCUUUUUUUUUUCUUCUUUUUCGUUUUCGUUUUCUUCUUUUUUUUUCUUUUUUCGUUUUCUUUUUUUCGUUUUCUUUUUUCUUUCUUCUUUUUUCUUUUCUUCUUUUUUCUUUUCUUCUUUUUUCUUUUCUUCUUUUUCGUUUUCUUUUUUUCUUUUUCGUUUUCUUCUUUUUCGUUUUCUUCUUUUUCGUUUUCUUCUUUUUCGUUUUCUUCUUUUUUCUUUUCUUUUUUCUUUUCUUCUUUUUUCUUUCUUUUUUCUUUUUUCUUUCUUUUUUCUUUCUUCUUUUUUCUUUCUUCUUUUCUUUUCUUCUUUUUUUUUCUUUUUUUUUUUCUUUUCUUUUUUCUUUCUUUUUUUUUUCUUUUUUUCUUUUUCUUUCUUUCUUUUUCUUUUUUCUUUCUUUUUCUUUUUCUUUUUUCUUUCUUUUUUCUUUUUCUUUCUUUUUUCUUCUUUUUCUUUUUCUUUUUUUUUUUUUACUUUUCUUUUUUCCUCUUCCUUUUCUCUUUUCUAUCUUUUUCACUUUCAUUUUGUUUGUCUGUUUCUUUCUUUCUGUUUACAACAGAGUAACACUGCCCUCAAAAAACAUGUGUCCGAAUUAGAAGAGGCUUUGGCCAGAAGGGAGUCGUCACUUGUUGAGAUACAGACCCACUAUAGUGAUAACGUAAAAGAACGAGAGGCAGAUGAACGAGAUUAUGUCAAAAGAAUUCAAGAAUUGGAAGACUUGUUGAUGCAGGAAAAGUCCAACCAGAGAGAACUGAGGAAACAGAUUGGUACCAAAAUAACAGAAAACAAACGUUUGAAGCGACAACACAAGAAUUUGAGCCUUGAACACGAGAAUCUAGAAUUGGAUGUUCAACAGAAAAUGGCUCAGUAUGACACCAUGGUUGAGGAACUGCAAGCCAAGAAAGAUGAGGUGCAAAUUUUGCAAAGUCAACUACAGUCCGUGCAUCAUGACAACAAAGCCUUGCGCACAGAAGUUGAACGAUUGCAACGAAGCCUGACAGAUAAUCAGGAUCGCAGCCCAGUGAUACAGGAACAACUUCAGGGUUUCCAGUGGCAAUUACAUCAGAAAACAGCUGAGCUUGAAGCAGUACAAAAACAACUUGUAUUAUCUGAAGAAAGACAUCAAACAGAACUUGAAAGCUUAAAGAAAACUUUGCAAGUAAAAUCGCCGCCAUUCUUCUAUGUAGAAUCGCUUCGGCCAUUCUUCUAUGUAGAAUCGCCGCCAUUCUUCUAUGUAGAAUCGUCGCCAUUCUUCUAUGUAGAAUCGCCGCCAUUCUUCUAUGUAGAAUCGCCGCCAUUCUUCUAUGUAGAAUCGCUCGCCAUUCUUCUAUGUAGAAUCGCCGCCAUUCUUCUAUGUAGAAUCGCCGCCAUUCUUCUAUGUAGAAUCGCCGCCAUUCUUCUAUGUAGAAUCGCCGCCAUUCUUCUAUGUAGAAUCGCCGCCAUUCUUCUAUGUAGAAUCGCCGCCAUUCUUCUAUGUAGAAUCGCCGCCAUUCUUCUAUGUAGAAUCGCCGCCAUUCUUCUAUGUAGAAUCGCCGCCAUUCUUCUAUGUAGAAUCGCCGCCAUUCUUCUAUGUAGAAUCGCCGCCAUUCUUCUAUGUAGAAUCGCCGCCAUUCUUCUAUGUAGAAUCGCCGCCAUUCUUCUAUGUAGAAUCGCCGCCAUUCUUCUAUGUAGAAUCGCCGCCAUUCUUCUAUGUAGAAUCGCCGCCAUUCUUCUAUGUAGAAUCGCCGCCAUUCUUCUAUGUAGAAUCGCCGCCAUUCUUCUAUGUAGAAUCGCCGCCAUUCUUCUAUGUAGAAUCGCCGCCAUUCUUCUAUGUAGAAUCGCCGCCAUUCUUCUAUGUAGAAUCGCCGCCAUUCUUCUAUGUAGAAUCGCCGCCAUUCUUCUAUGUAGAAUCGCCGCCAUUCUUCUAUGUAGAAUCGCCGCCAUUCUUCUAUGUAGAAUCGCCGCCAUUCUUCUAUGUAGAAUCGCCGCCAUUCUUCUAUGUAGAAUCGCUCGGCCAUUCUUCUAUGUAGAAUCGCUCGGCCAUUCUUCUAUGUAG